CAUCGCAUAACUAGUGGGGAGAAAUAAUAAAAUGAGACAUGCUGUCGCCGUUCGUAGCGGCGUGAAAAGCAUCAAAUUCCAGUCUACGUCUGCCAGCUACCCAGCCCUGAGAUACUUUCACUCCUCUACGCGUAGGCACAGCCCACAACAUCCCAGUGGCCCCGAUGCUCUUGAUCCACGCCUGGAAGACCUGGGAAAGGUCAUUAGGGACGAAUACGCGGUAAUUAGGAAGGACUACGAUGCCCCAAAACAUGCAGUUGUUCUCGCCCAUGGCCUGCUUGGAUUCGCCGAACUGCGUCUUGCUGGACGUUAUCUUCCUGGGGUCCAGUAUUGGCGUGGUAUCAAGGAAGCUUUGUCAGUGAAAGGGGUUCGAGUCAUCACUGCCACAGUGCCUCCCUCCGCAUCCAUCGAAACGCGUGCUGAAGAAUUAGCGAGAGAUAUCGCUAUUGGCGCACCCGGAGAACAUGUAAAUAUUAUUGCUCAUAGCAUGAGCGGGCUUGACUCUCGAUAUAUGAUCACCCAUCUGAAGCCGAAUGACUUCAAGGUAAAGUCGUUGACGACGAUUGCGACCCCACAUAGAGGCUCUGCCGUUGCAGACUACGUUCUUAAGCAGAUUGGCGAUGACCGCCUUGCCCAGCUGUACUAUGCUCUAGACCGGCUAAAGGUAGAAACGGGCGCGUUUGCCCAGCUAACCCGUGACUACAUGACGAACACUUUCAACCCCGCAACGCCAGAUAUUGAAGAUGUCCGAUACUUUUCCUACGGGGCGGCAAUGCAGCCAAGCUUCUGGUCCGCCUUCCGUCUAUCCCACCGUCUUCUGGAACAAACAGAAGGGUACAAUGAUGGACUUGUCAGCGUUGCCAGCAGCAAGUGGGGAGGAUACAAGGGCACCCUUGAAGGCGUCAGCCACUUGGACUUGAUCAACUGGAGCAACCGACUGAAGUGGUUGGCCGGAGAAAUUACAGGCAACAGACAGAGGUUCAAUGCUAUUGCGUUCUACCUUGAUAUUGCAGACAUGCUCGCUAAGGAAGGUCUCUGACGACCCACCCCACUGCAGUCAAGUUGGAAAUCUUGGUGCCUAGAAGUGUACUUGUAACUCGGAAGUAUAGAUCACUUGGCGAUACCCAAUUAAUUCAUUCCAUCAGUCUUUGAUACCAUUUG